AUGGGAUCCAAACAGAUUGCCCAGGAGACAUUUGAUGAUGCAGUGCAAGAAAACAUCACAGAAUUUGAAAUGGAUCCAGAAGAGGCUGUGAGAGAAGCUGUGCAGCAGUUUGAGUCUCAAGGUGUUGACCUAAGCAACAUUGUGAAAGCUGUGAGGCAGCCUGCAUCUGAGAAUGGGCAGAGGCAGAAGCAUCAAAUCCUGCUGACCUUGGACUCCCUGGGGAGAGCUGUUGCUGACUCUGACCUUGCCGCUGUGGCCGAGCAGCUGGAGGUCUUUGGUGAGCAGUGCAGAGAGCAAUUGGCCUUCCGCUACCUGGCUGGGCAGAACGGGGCCUACUCUGUGGUCUUCUCUGCCUGCCAGCUGGCUUCAGGAGACAGAGACACUACGCUGAGAGCCUUCUCUACCCUGUCUGCCCUCUUGGAUGGGCAGCCAGACCUGCUGGACGAAGCUGGGCAGGACUUGGUGCUGCAGAGCCUGCGGCAGGGCCGGGAGGACGCGGAACUGAUGCUGGCAGGGCUGCGCUGCCUGCGCCAGGCCUGCCUGAAGCACGAGCAGAACAGGCAGGACUUUGUCAAAGGGGGGGUCCUGCCCCUGCUGACCGGAGCCAUCCUGCAGCACGGGCACCACGCUGAGGUGGUGCGCGCGGCCUCGGCGGCGCUCAGGGUCCUGACCUUCGACGACGACAUCCGAGUGCCCUUCGGCCACGCUCACGACCAUGCCAAGAUGAUAGUGCUGGAGAACGAUGGCCUGAGAGUGCUCAUCGAGGCUGCCAAAGCCUUCACAGACAGCCCUGGAGUUCUCAGUGAGCUCUGUGCCACCCUCUCUCGGCUCUCUGUCAGGAAUGAAUUCUGCCAAGAAAUUGUGGACCUUGGUGGCUUGAAUCUCAUGGUGUCCCUGCUGGCUGACUGCAUCGACCACCCAGUGAGAAAUCCCUCUGGGCUGCAGGACGUGGUGAGGCAGGUGCUGAGUGCCAUCCGAGCGGUCGCGGGCAACGACGACGUCAAAGAUGCCAUCAUCAGUGCUGGGGCAACAGACCUCAUCGUGCUGGCUAUAAGCCACCACCUUGGCAACCCUCAGAUCUGUGAGCAGGGCUGUGCAGCCCUCUGCAUGCUGGCUCUGCGCAAGCCUGAGAACUGUCACAUCAUCAUGGAGGGUGGAGGGGCCCUGGCAGCUCUGCAGGCCAUGAAGGCUCACCCCCGGGAAGUGGCUGUUCAGAAGCAGGCCUGCAUGCUGAUCCGCAACCUGGUCUCCCGCAGCCGGGACUUCUCUCAGCCCAUUCUAGAGAUGGGAGCUGAGAACCUGAUCACAGAAGCUCGUGCAGCUCACAAGGACUGUGAUGAUGUGGCCAAAGCUGCUCUGAGGGAUCUUGGCUGCAAAGUGGAGCUCCGAGAGCUGUGGACAGGUCAGAAGGGAGGCCUGGCUCAGUGAAUCGUCCCUCCACAGAGC